AUGGUCAAUUCCUGUUGUGGCUCUGUCUGCUCUGAGCAGAGCUGUGGCCAAGACUUCCGCCAGGAAGAGUCCUGCUGCCACCCCAGCUGCUGCCAGCCCUCUUGCUGCCGCCCUACCUGCUGCAUCUCCAGCUGCUGCAGGCCCAGCUGCUGCCAACCCACUUGCUGCAGACCCACCUGCUGCAUCUCCAGCUGCUGCAAGCCCACCUGCUGCCAACCCACCUGUUGCCAACCCACCUGCUGCAGACCCACCUGCUGCCGCCCCAGCUGCUGCAGACCCACCUGCUGCCGCCCCACCUGCUGCAGGCCCCAGUGCUGCCAGUCUGUGUGCUGCCAGCCCACAUGCUGCCGCCCCAGCUGCUGCAGACCCAGCUGCUGCCUGCGUCCAGUCUGUGGCCAAGUCUCCUGCCACACCAGUUGCUAUCGCCCAACCUGUGUGAUCUCCACCUGUCCCCGCCCCAUGUGCUGUGCCACGCCUUGCUGUUGCUCCUAA